ACUGUUUCAGUAUAUUGUAAACAGAAAAACGCACAAGAAAAAUGUUAUAGAAUAAAGACAUCGUUACUUACUAAAGCAGCGCAGUCGCUAAAUACUUGGGGAUUUCCUAGACGUUUUCAGUCAAGAACUUUCAAACUGUGGUGAUUGAUGGUUCUGUCAGUCAUUCAGGAAUAAUACUUCCGGUCGGGGGGCAUCCUUCAAAUUAGUCCGUUUCGUUUGUUUACUAGCGGUUUACUAUUUGACGACUAGGCGAACAUAAAAAUUCUCGCUCGUGCCCGCCUAAUUGUUAUUGCCUAGAUUCUGUACGUGGUGGCAAACGUUUAAAAGGAGUGAGGAGACGACAGGUAAGUCACAGAAGAAGCCAAGUCUCUCAGCUGAACGGUCAACCUAUUCCACCAUGCAAAUUCCAUUGACUUUAAUUGUCUGCUGGGCUGGGAUCCUCUUGAUUGGAUCGGUGGAAGCUUUUUUCAAAAAAGAUUUUGGUAAAGACGCCACUUCUUUUGUCACCAGCGUAUCAACGCUGACUGUAACAUCAACAGAAAAGAGUAUUUGUGCUAAAUUGGUCAACGUCACCGCCGCUUGCCGUCGCCGCCGUAACUUCGAAUUCGACAGACCCGAGAUUUUGACGUUUGACGACGACAUUGACGAGACCGUCGACUUGGCCUUCAGGAACUCGUUUUACCACAAACAAUUCGCUCCUACCAAGACUCUCAGUAUGGAAGUGACACCUUUGGCCUUGUUGCCACACUCUGGACGUAAUCCAUCGAACCUCUACCCCGGACUCCAUUCAACUUACCCCAUGUACUCGUCGAGCAGUCGGAACAAGAGCCCAGUCAUUCACCCAAGUGUCUACCAAGACGAAGCGAAACUACAACAGCAGCAGCAGCUUCAGAAUCAACAGCGCAUCUUUUUCUCUGCUCUUUCUCUCGCCAAUGUGUUCAACAAGGGCACCGUGACAUUCACGACAUUCAAAACAGUUGAUUGAUGAUUGAUUGAAACGGUGUCAGCCAGAGGACUUUUAUUCGCCCCACGAUUGAAGAAACAAAUUGAUUAGGUGAACGUGAGCAUCUUGUUUCCAG